AACAAUGGAGCGCUGGCAGGGCAAGGUAGCGAUAGUGACCGGGGCCAGUUCGGGCAUUGGCGCGGCAACCGUAAAAGCACUCGCCAAAGCCGGCUUGAUUACUUUCGGUCUAGCGCGUCGUGUCGAACGUGUUGACGAGCUAAAAAAUGAGCUUCCCGGUGACGCAAAGGAGCGUCUCCACAGUAUCCGAUGCGACAUCACGAAGGAGGAAGACAUUUUGGCCGCCUUUCGGCAGGUGCAGGAAAAGUACGGUGGUGUUGAUGUGCUGAUCAAUAACGCAGGUGUGGCAAGAUCGACCGUCGGUGUGCUGGAUGCUGACAAUACGCAAGCACUGCGGGAUGUGAUCGAUACUAAUCUGAUGGGGCUGACUCUGUGCAGCCGAGAAGCCUAUCAGUCAAUGAAGAAACGAUCGGCCGAUGGCCAUAUCAUCCACAUCAACAGUAUUCUCGGCCACUAUGUACUACCGAUGGGGACACUUAAUGUCUAUCCUGCAUCCAAGUAUGCCGUGACGGCACUCACGGAAACGAUGCGCCAUGAGCUCAGGUUGGCUGGGACGAAAAUCAAAGUCACGAGCAUAAGCCCAGGGUUGGUAAGAACCGAGAUCAUCCCGAACAGUAUGGGCGAUACUCCGUUACUCGAAUCAGAGGACAUUGCGGACGCUAUUCUGUACGUACUUGGGACCCCACCUGGAGUACAAAUUCACGAGCUGACGAUUAAACCGGUGGGUGAAGAAAUGUAA